AGGUGGAUGCACUCUUUCAAAAGAACUUCGCUGCCGAUUAGUGAGGAACACGGUGACCAACAUGGUGUCCAUCAUCAGAGCAACUACUACUGAAUUUAUGUAUCCAUCCAAAAAUGAUUUCCAGGCUAUGGCAAAGCGGCUUGUGGAGUAUUAUCCAAUGCUUCGUGAUAACUCUGUGAACUGCAGACACCCUUGGGAAUUGCUUUUUAAGCAAUUACUGAAAAGACUCCACAACAUAAAGACACCAAAAAAGCGUCAGGGACCUACACCACAAAGACAGAGGAAACGAAGACGACUGAAUUUGGAGUGUUCAGAUGAUUCAAGCACAUCAGUCUCCGAGUCACCAGGAAGCACGGCAUCAACUGUACUCUUAGACAGAACAAGAAGCAGCGCAUCAUCUUUGGAUGGCAUGAAUUCACCUGCUGAAAUUGUUGACCAGAGAGGAGAAGCUACUGAAGAUCUAGGAGUCCAUUCUGGCACUGAAAGUCAGCAAAGUCAAGCAAGACAUUACCAUACCCUGCAAGAGAUGUAUAAAAGGCCGAAACCUAACAAGGAGGCAGUUGCUCAGCUGCUUGACCUUGAGUUUGAUGCUCGUAGAGCCUUUAUCAACUCUGACACCUUGAGAGACCAGGACAGGCCAGCUAACAUACUACAAGCAUACCCCUGUUUCAGAGAAGUAGAUCAUGUUAUGGACGAACUUCGCCGUAUUCUUGACAGAUCUAACCCUGACUUUAUUUCUGACCUGAAGACCCGCUGGGAGAGCUUUAAUAGCAAAGCUCAGUUCUAUGGGGUAUUUAAAAAGGUUCUGGGACCGCCAACAACACAGGACAAAGUGACACGCUCUGUAGCCAUGAUGAAGGCUCUGCCUGAGAUGUUCCCUUCACCUGUGGCCCUACCCAAGAAGUUGGGACAUGCAAGUGAGGCGAUGGUGCAUGUUCUUGAGCCCACAGAAAACCCAACCACCUACCUUCAGAGAAGACCAGUCUUCAGUCCAGUUCUGAUCGUUUGUGAUAACAACUGCAUGCUGGCCAUUGGGUCUACACCUGUGACAACUUUUCCAAAAGAAAACAUAGACACAGGUGUGCUCUAUCUUUUAGCGUACUACUACGCAUUUCAUCUGACUUAUCCAAAGUGCAUUGCAACACUCCUGUCAAUACUUCAGACAGAAGUUCUGCAGGAUGCCAUUCAUGAUCGGGAUGCAACUUCAUCCUACAAAAAAACUUUGUCAGAGUGGAAAAAGUUCAUUGGGGAGUAGAGAAAGUACCCUAUGGCCAUGCAGCAGUUGCUAUCAUUACGGGUAUUUGUUACACCCCUACUGAUAAUGUGAUUUGAUUUGUAUUACAUACAUCAUUAUUUGGUCAGUCAAACAAUUCAGAUGAAAAAAUGUAAUUGGGUUUAUCCAUAUUUUUGCUAUUAGUGGUGGUAUGUGGUGCAUGGCAGACUUUGGUUGAGGAAAAAUCAGUUCUGAUUGUUUAAGAUGUUUGAUGUGUAAAUAAUAGAGCUGGUUGUUUACUACGUUUGUGUUUAAAUAACAAAGCUGCGUUAGGUAUCUUAGUUCAUAAAAAUGCUCUUUCUCAGAGAAGUUUAAUUGUUAAAAAUAAAACACCAUAACAAACUCAGGAACAUGGUGUUCUUUUGUUUAUCUAAGCCAAAAGAGACAUGUGUCUUUUGUUGUAAGUUUUAAAAUGAGGUUGAGUUACCACCACCAUACUGCACACUUGUUAAAUUCUAUGUAGCCUCAUUGGAACUAUUUUUGUAAGUACAUAUUUCAUGUCUCUGGAAUUAAUAAAAAAAGAUUGACCAUA